AUGGAGGCCCUGAGGCCCGCCCUUGGCCCCGCCCACACCCGCUUGGGCCGGAUUCUGGACGAGACCCUUCACACCCCGGAGGAAGGGACCCUGGUCUUUGUCUCCCAGCCCAUCGCCAGUGCUGCCCUCUUCAUCUGGACCUCGCCCUCCCUUGAGUCGCCCCCAGGAAGGAUGCUGGCGGCUUUGCUGAUGGCUCUCAGCUACCUCGGCCUCCAUGCCCUCUGGCAGGCCCAGGCUGUUCCCAUCCUGCCCCUGGGCCUGGCUCCAGACACCUUCGACGAUGCUUAUGUGGGCUGUGCCGAGGAGAUGGAAGAGAAGGCGGUCCCUCUGCUGAAGGAGGAGAUGGCCCGCCACGCCCUGCUGCGGGAGUCCUGGGAGGCAGCCCGGGAGGCCUGGGAGCACAAGCGCCGAGGGCUCCCCCUGCCCCCUGGCUUCAAAGCGCAGCACGGAAUCGCCAUCAUGGUCUACACCAACUCAUCUAACACUUUGUACUGGGAGCUGAACCAGGCGGUGCGGACCGGUGGCAGCUCCCAGGAGUUCUACAUGAAGCACUUUCCCUUCAAGGCCUUGCAUUUCUACCUCACCCGCGCCCUGCAGCUGCUGCAGGGCAGUGGGGGCUGCAGCAAGGGACCUGGAGAGGUGGUGUUCCGAGGCGUGGGCACCCUCCACUUUGAACCCAAGAGACUGGGGGACUCUGUCCGCUUGGGCCAGUUUGCUUCCAGCUCCCUGGAUGAGGCAGUGGCCCGCAGAUUUGGGAAUGUCACCUUCUUCUCUCUAAGGACUUGCUUCGGGGCCCCUAUCCAGGCCUUGUCUGUCUUUCCUGAGGAGCGUGAGGUGCUGAUCCCCCCACAUGAAGUCUUCUUGGUCACCAGGUUCUCCCAGGAUGGAGCCCAGAGUCUGGUGACUCUCUGGAGCUAUAAUCAGACCUGCAGCCACUUUAACUGCGCCUAUCUGGGUGGGGAGAAGAGACGCGGCUGUGUGUCUGUACAAGGAGGGCAGCCAGAUUCUACCCCCAAGGGGGACUUCUCUCUGCUUUCCUGGAAGACCCUGCUCUUUGCCCCUGGGGGCUUCCAGCUCUCAGGAGCUGGGCCCUGAAAGCCCAUUGUCUGCCACUAGGAGUCCUAGGAACUCAUGAUCUUCCAUUGAAGAAGGGGGCUUCGAAUGGCCUCGA